GUCAGAAUGGGAAGGGCCUCUGAGAUCAGCCGAUGCCAGCUCCUCCCCUGUCCCAGGUGGAGAAACUGAGGCCCAAGAGGAGCAAGGAGGAGGGGGAAACCUGUUGACUGAGGACCCGCACCCAUCCUGCCUCCCCCUCGACAUGCCUUUGCUGGGUCCGGGAGGGUGUCUGGAGUCUGAUCUCCCAGGAGGGACAGCAGGCGGGGACCAUGUCAGCAGCCGGAACCUGACACUGAGGAUGAAUAAAUGAUGCUCCCCUGCUGCAGCCAGAGCUGCUGGCUACCGCCACCACCCAGCGCCAGCACCGCUGGCCAGGGCAGUCCCCAGGUGGCCCCCACCUGCCUCACCCUGUCUACCCCAGCUGCAGCCAUCCGAAGAUGAUGGCCGGGCAGUGGUGGGGCACAGGGCCCCUGUGGGCAGUGGGGCUGUGCCUCUCAAGGGUCGCCGGCCAGCUGGUGGAGCCCAGCACUGCUCCGCCCAAGCCCAAGCCACCCCCUCUGACCAAGGAGACCGUGGUGUUCUGGGACAUGCGGUUGUGGCACGUGGUGGGCAUCUUCUCGCUCUUCGUGCUGUCCAUCAUUAUCACCCUGUGCUGCGUCUUCAACUGCCGAGUCCCCCGCACCCGGAAGGAGAUUGAGGCCCGGUACCUGCAGCGCAAGGCCGCCAAGAUGUACACGGACAAGCUGGAGACCGUGCCGCCCCUCAACGAGCUCACGGAGAUCCCCGGAGAGGACAAGAAGAAGAAAAAGGAGGACAGUGUGGACACGGUAGCCAUCAAGGUAGAGGAGGAUGAGAAGAGCGAGGCUAAGAAGAAGAAAGGAGAGAAAUGAGGCAGUGGUGGACAGGCCAGCAGCAUGGACUCCGAGCUCAUAUGUGGCCUGCAGAGCUGUGUCCCGGGAAGCCACGGUCAUGGUCAGUCCCCACAGCCCGGCAGGUGCAGGGCCAAGACUACGCAGGCAUCGGCCUCCCAGCCACAGGGCAUGCUCCUGGACUGCCGCCCCCAGCGGCUGUGCCUCCACCUUGCCCUUCCCCACAGUGAGGGGGAGUGGGUGGUUACCUUCCGAACAACCAGCCUGGAGUGAUGGGUCACAUCCAGCUGGAUGCAGGCAGAGAGGCUGCCCUGAUGCUGCUGGGCCUGACCCAAGCCUGGCAAGGUACUGUUCCUGGGGUGAAGGGGCCUCAGAACUGGAGACCCUGGCCCGGCGGAUCCAAGCGCAGCACCAUGCCAUGCACAAGCCUCACCUGUCACCAAGGAGCUCAGCAGCAAGACACUAACGUGAGGCCCUGGGACUCAGCGCUCCAGGGCGCAUUUUGGGUGCAGACACUCAGGGGUGUCAGGCUGCUGUGGUGGUUCUUACUAUACCCUGAGGAGGCUGGAGAUUUUAAGGUCCUAGGGGGUCAAGGCAAGGCUUGCAGCCGCUCCAUGAGACAGCCUCCUCCUUCUUCGUUAGUGACAGCAGCAUCUCUGGGAAGAAGAGGAGCCGAAGACCAAGGGGCCUGACCCCUGGGGGGCAGGGAGAGGGACACAGGGACUUCCACGUGGCACCAAACUUUGCACACGGCUCUCAAACCUGAGCCUGGGGACUCAAGAGACAGCACAGGAGGUUCCUGAGCAGGGGCGCUGCUGGAAAAGCAGCUGCCAACUUGUAAAUAAAGCUCAGUGUCUUCUCAGACCCUGGCA